CAUGAACAUGAGAGACUUUUUAUUUGACUUCCAUUUAUGAAUAUUAAAGUCUAUAAAUAUUGUUAUUUGUUCUUAAGUUGUUUUGUGAUACAUUUUUAAAACUACUGUUUUUUCAAACUGGUAAAUAUUUUCAAAGCCCCCACUUCUUUCGUCUCUCUGUAUUUUUUCAAAGCCCCCCCUUUCAGGUUUUGAAAAAUUUGAAGGCCCCCCCAGUUUCUCCUCAAUCCCCCCCUGUACAAUAAAUAAUGAGCGGUCCCUUACUAGUUUUGUUGUUAUUUCUCUUCUAUAAAAUAUUUCUGUUUUCAAAAUUCAAAGCUGAAACUGAUUCCGCAUAUCAUGCACAUUUUUAAUCAUAGGAGGGACUUACCUAACAGGAACUAGUGAAAAGAGUGCAACAUUACCUAGAGUGUCUAGCACAAGAUCAAGAGGUGUUGCACCUGUUCUAUCAACAACAGGUCUUAUAUUUGAAAACAGACCAAGGUACAGUAUGUUGUGAACAUAUUCAACCAUUGGAGGCCAAGGCACUGCAUUAUUAAUACAUGACCCUACCAGACAUUUCAACUGUCAACAAUAUGCAUUUCACCACUAUUUCAUGUGAAAGUGCUAUUUAUAAUUUAUGUAUACACCUAAUUCAAUUAAGGGUGGCCUUUCCAAGGCAAAACUUAAAACCACUUAACCUCCCUAAUCAUGUGCUUAUCUUUAAAUCCCCACACCUUUUAAUUCCUUUGUGAAAUACAGAAUACCAUACUUCUUCCUUUCACCAAAGUAAACAUCCCUCAUCCUCCCUAAACUUGUAAUUAUUCCUAACGAUUCCUAACUUGCCUUGUACCUGCAUGUCACUGGUCUUGAACAUUUCUUCAACAUCAAUAUAUUUGAAUAGAAAUCUUCCAGCAAAAGACCCUAAGGAAGAGAAGCGACACAGACAGCUAUACCAACAAAUGAUUGAGGUGGCCAAAAAGAAAGGUAAAGUAUUAUGGCCCAUCCUUGCUGUACCAUCAUUAAUACUAAUAAAGAAACUAGAAUGCAGUUUUUGUGUAAAGAAAUGUCCAAUUGCAAGUACUUUUUUAUAACUCAGAGCUACGCGACCUUCAAGAACAACAGAAGAAACAGGAAGACCAAAGUCAUCAUGAAAAUUUUGUCGUGAACGCCUUAGCAACAUGGAAUAAAGAAAUAUUACCUAACUGGGAUAAUAUGUAUGUCAGAAAAUAUUGGAAAUUAUUGAGAUUUGUUCUUCAUAAUUAAAAGAGCAUAGGCGUACCGGGCGGGGGGGGGGGGCGGUAGCCCCCCCCCCAGUUUUUUGGGCAGUCGGGCAAUAUUCGAUCAACAGUCGGGCAAUUUUGGUUUGUAAAAAAAAUAAAUGGGACAAAUUCUGUCAUUUUAGUCGAAAAUUCAGUCACUUUUGUUGUUUGGCCCCUAAAAUGGUACACUACUAAUCGAAAAUUUUUUGGCAAAAUUUGAAAAAAAAUUUUAGGUACUACUCGGGCACAAUCCCGAAAAGUCGGGCAAAUUUCUUUCCGCCCCCCUAAUUUUUUCCUUCCGGUACGCCCAUGUAAAAGAGUGUGGUAAAUUGUUUUCGACAUAUUUUUUUCUUUAGGAGAAAUGCAAAGAAAGUCCUUGAAUUAUGGUGGCUAGGUUUGCCACCAAGUGUUCGAGGCAGAGUGUGGAAACUCGCUUUUGGAAAUGAUUUACACAUCACACAAGGUACAGCCAGCUACACGGAUAGUGCGUUCUGUGGUUUCCACAGAGGAUCUAUCUGUAGCAUACCAGCACAGCCACAGGAUAAUCGCGUCAUUUAUCAAAUUCUAUUCUUUUAUUUUUUCAGAGUUGUUCGAAAUAUUCCGUUGUCACGCAGAGCAAAAACUGCUAAAUAAUGAAAAUAGCAAGUCAAGACUGAGGUCUGAAGAUCUAGCAGCCAAGUCACAAAACUUCGUCACAGAUUCCGUCGUAGAUCUUAUCACGAUGGAUGUAUCAAGGACAUUCCCUUCUCUUGGAAUUUUUCAGAAAGUAAUUUAUGUUCAAAUUGUUUGCCUCAAAUGGCAAAUUUAUUUAGAAAAUGCAUAUUGCGGAAAUGCAGUCCAGUUAUGCAGACGUAGACUUUUCAAAGUCCUUCGCUGCGCAGUGGUAGCUACGCUCCCCACUUCUCGUGAGACCUAUUGAAUAUUGAUAAUGCACCAACCAGUAACCACUCACCAAAACUGCACCAAGAACUGUUUUGCUUAACCAUAGUUUGGACAUAAUAUAAAACAUGGGCAGAUAGUCUGGUUAUAACUAUUAAAUCGUCUGAUAUUAGACAAUAUUAAAUAACUGGGCGCAUCACGACGAAAUGCAGCUUACUAGGUUAUCAGCAACCUACUUUUAGGAUGGCUUAAAAAUGUAGUUUUCCUUUUAAGGGAGGUCCGUUCCACAACGUCUUGUACAAAGUUCUUGGAGCAUAUUCAUGUUAUAGACCUGAUAUAGGAUAUGUAAGUAUAUAUAGGAUAUGUAAGAAGUAUAUAGGAUAUGUAAGUAUAUAGGAUAUGUAAGUAUAUAAGAUAUGUAAGUAUAUAGGAUAUGUAAGUAUAUAAGAUAUGUAAGUAUAUAGGAUAUGUAAGUAUAUAGGAUAUGUAAGUAUAUAGGAUAUGUAAGUAUAUAAGAUAUGUAAGUAUAUAGGAUAUAUGUAAGUAUAUAGGAUAUGUAAGUAUAUAAGAUAUGUAAGUAUAUAGGAUAUAUGUAAGUAUAUAGGAUAUGUAAGUAUAUAAGAUAUGUAAGUAUAUAGGAUAUGUAAGUAUAUAGGAUAUAUAAGAAGUAUAUAGGAUAUGUAAGUAUAUAGGAUAUGUAAGUAUAUAAGAUAUGUAAGUAUAUAGGAUAUAUGUAAGUAUAUAGGAUAUGUAAGUAUAUAAGAUAUGUAAGUAUAUAGGAUAUGUAAGUAUAUAGGAUAUGUAAGAAGUAUAUAGGAUAUGUAAGUAUAUAGGAUAUGUAAGUAUAUAGGAUAUGUAAGUAUAUAAGAUAUGUGAGUAUAUAGGAUAUGUAAGUAUAUAAGAUAUGUAAGUAUAUAGGAUAUGUGAGUAUAUAGGAUAUGUAAGAAGUAUAUAAGAUAUGUAAGUAUAUAGGAUAUGUAAGUAUAUAGGAUAUGUAAGUAUAUAAGAUAUGUGAGUAUAUAGGAUAUAUGUAAGUAUAGCUACACUGGACUGCAACAUUCGAGAUUUCUACUCUACCAUAAUAAAUACAUGAUCAUAUCUGCAUCUUUUUUAUCUUCAGGUGCAAGGGAUGGCAUUUUUAGCUGCGGUUCUCUUACUGAACAUGGAAGAAAUUGAUGCUUUUAUAUGUUUUGCAAAUCUCAUCAACAGACCUAUGCAGAUGGCGUUCUUUAGCGUUGAUCAACCCAUGGUAAUCCACUUGCAAUGAGGACCUGAGCAAUGAUCCCACUGUACAGAAAUGUCUCACCUAGAUGCUUUUGAUGAAAUAAAUCAAUAUUUAUAUAAAAAAACGUCAAGCUAGAAAUUAUGCUCUGUUCUGUUGUUGGGACAUUGCUUUCAACUUCCAAAUAUAAAGCCAAAGCCAUUAUUUAAUGACAUUACCAAAACUUUUAAAUAAUUAUCCAUCCCGUUAAUUAGUUGCUCUCCUUUGAACUCUCGUGAUUAUUUCAUUGAAUUGUCGAUUAUGAAUUGGCGACCAUACUUGUGUUGCCAAGUAGAGCUGCAUCUCAACCAGCGAAAGGAAUAGCAUACGCCUGAUGUUGAUGUGCAUCAGUGAUAAGCAGGCUCUUUUGAGCAUACCAAGCUAUUUGCUUUCCAUAUUACAAAAUCAAAAUUACGUCACAAAAGUUAGGGUUGGGGCUAGGCUUAGGGCUGUAUGGCAUGAGGAUUGUAUGGAAAUUGACCCAGUUGAUAUUGAAGAUGUUAUUUUUAAUACGAUGUUGCUUACAAUAGCGUUAUAUUUUAUUACCAGAUGAGGGCAUAUUUCUUAGCAUUUGAAGUCCAUCUGCAAGAUCACCUUCCCAAACUACAAUCUCACUUCACCGAACAAGGGUUAACGCCAGAUUUAUAUCUUACUGAUUGGUAUGUACUUUUUGCUGGCCCUAUAUUCUCAGAGAACAGAACUGCAUGUCUGUAUUGCCACUCGAUCUGCCAUCUAUACUUUCUAAUAGAUAUAUAUUUCUGCUUUUUAGGAUAUUCACGUUGUACAGUAAAUCAUUACCACUAGACGUAGCGAGCAGAGUGUGGGAUCUAUUUUGUCGAGAUGGUGAUGAAUUUUUGUUUAGAACUGCUCUGGGUAAAAUUUGUUUGUAACUUUGUAUGCUUGUGUAUUGUAUAUAACCCGAAAACUAGUACUCGAAUUAUGCGAGUAUAGUAAAUGAUGGCAUGAGAGAUGAAAAGUAUGUUUGACAGAGCAUUGGAAUUAAUGAGAUGGAAAAGUUGAUGAUACGAAAUAUUUGAAUGUGAAUGAAUGUUGAUGAACAUUUUGAAUACAUAACUGAGAUAGCACGAGAGUUGAAACGUGUCUUUGGCUCAUGAGGGUCGUUAAAAGUAUGUUAAUGGAGGAGCAUGCAAGUAUAGGAGAAUUUUGAAUGUGGACGAAAGUGCCAAUGAUGCGAAUUUAUGAAUAAAUGGUAUAAAGUCUAUGAGAGUGUAUAGUGUGUUGCGUGUGAGUGUGUUUCGUGUGAGUGUAUGUGUGUGAGUGUAUGUGUGUUGCGUGUGAGUGUAUGUGUGUUGCGUGUUGCAUGUGAGUGUUGCGUGUGAGUGUAUGUGUGUUGCGUGUGAGUGUUGCGUGUUGCAUGUGAGUGUUGCGUGUGAGUGUAUGUGUGUUGCGUGUGAGUGUAUGUGUGUUGCGUGUAUGCGUGUUACAUGUGAGUGUUGCGUGUGAGUGUGUGAGUGUAUGUGUGUUGCGUGUGUGUGUGUUGCGUGUGAGUGCAUGUGUGUUGCGUGUGAGUGUGUUGCGUGUGUGUAUGUGUGUAAAGUGAAUGAAAAUUUUCGAGUGUGGAAAAUUAAUGAGAAUGAACGACCCAAGAAGUAAAAGUUACUGAAACCUGUCAAAGAAUUCUGUCAAACCAUAGUCAAAUAGACGUGAAAGGAUAGAAAUUCUGCAAAAUUGCAGACGUGAAAGAAAGGAGAGAGCCUGGAAACGAGGUUGGAGAAAAGUGGGAUCCCCUGAGGAUUUUUAGGUCUGGAAUUUUUAUCUGAGGUGUGAUAGUGUCGUAUUUUACUUGUUUUAGGCAUUCUUCAAAUGUUUUCGUCUGAACUGAUGAAAAUGGAGUUCAUAACAUUGGCUCAGUUUCUCACAAAACUACCGGAAAAUAUUUCAGAAGAAAAUUUGUUUCAAAGCAUUGCAAAUAUAACAAUAACUCGGGAGAAAUUCAACCAAGUCUUAACGGAACAAACGCAGAAAGUUUUACAACUUUAUCCCGCCGAUAAGCUAAAGCAACACCCCACCCUUCGUAAAUAGAUCCAUAUUUUCCAUAGCAUAAUUUGCGUUCAUAUUAGAAUUGAGUUAUAGCGAAUUUUAGAAUGCAGGAAUUGAAUUAAAUAGCGUGUAGAAUUAUGAAUUGUGUAACAUACGAAUUAAUAUUGAACAAUAAAGAAAUGAAUACCAAUUGUGUAUUGUAAAUAUGACUAAGAGAGAGGGAGUGAAAAAAACAAUAUGACCAGUCGUAGAUGUGUAUAUUUAUUACAAGAACCGUUUCACAUGAGUUUACCUUAUAAAUAAUAAUGAACACUAUAGUAGACAGUAUCUAAUAUUAAGUGAGCUAUAUAUAUACAUAUAUAUGCUAGCAAAAUUUCAUAUGAAGCAAGAAAAUGAACAAACAGUUGUGCAUUGUAAACUACUAGUGUUGUAUAACAAGUAUAUAAUCCAACUCAGCCUAGUCCCAGGCUCUCGCGCUGAACGCUGCUUUGAUAUAUUUUAUAAAUAAGUUUUAUGCCUGAGUGUGCUGUGCCGAGAGCACCUUCAGCUGUGACGUCACACCUGGGUCCCAGUCUCACACUACAUCCGCGUUUUUUUCUCGCGCUUGCUUCAAACGACUGGGACUAGGCUGAAUCCAACUCAUACAAACACAUCAUUUCCCCAUAAGGCGAUCUAUCUAUUGUGCUGUAAGUUGUAUAAGUAUUAAUCGGCCUAAUAUAAACCACUGCAUGAACUAUUAUAGCUCAUAGUUUUUAUAUAUUACUUAAUCUCUAGUACUAUACCUUAACUUAAUUUUAAGUGCAAAAAUCCUCCACAAGAGGAAAAAGCCUGGGAACGAGGUUGAAAUAAACGAACAGCUGGGAGCUGCUGCAGCUAUCCAUGCAAGCUUGACUGUAAUCAAUCAUUUACAGCUUUGCAUUGGCGCUUUGACUCGCAGCGAGCUUGCGAAUUGGUUUUUGCAAUGGGAAAAAUGAAAAAGAGCUUUAACUCACGGGCGUUCGUUGCGGUUGACGGGUUAGGAUGAAUGUUAGGGUGUUAUUAAGGCUACGUUUACACUUAUACCCGAUAACUUUCCGUAUAGCGUCGUGAAAAAACACCUAUCCUUACCUUUUAGAAACGCUAUCUUGACGCUAUUUUCAGAGGAAUUAUUGCAACAGAGAGAUGUUGUUUCGCUCAGCUUCUGAAAGUUGUACAUUCCGUAUCGGAUAGGUGCUUUUUCCCGCCGCUACAGAAAGUUAUCCGGUAUAGUGUACUGUGUACACUAAGAGAUUACGAAAAUAGAUGCCAAGUUUAUUGACAUUACCCACAAUGAACGCCUGUAAGGUAGUCAAACCCUUGCAUUGGGUAUUGUAACGUCAUGCACUCUAACCGAAACACAACGAAUCUAACGAACAUUCUCCGUCUCAUGCCCGGCAGCUAAUCUCAAAGUCUAAAAGGGGGUAGGGUGAGCGGGUGUAUGUUGUCAAGCAACGGUAACCCGACCCAACAACAAAUUGUUCCUUGUCAAAUCCGCAUCACCCUUAGCAGUGUGUGCCAAAAAAAUAUUUUCUGCUUCGUUUGUUUCCCCCAUUCCACUCAACUACAAGUGUGCAACUAACUCAAGUCGAGUGUAAAUAUUGUUAAGUGUAUUAAAUUUUAAAACGAAAAACACGUAUGGCAUGCAAACCAUAACCAAAAUAGACUUUCAUAUUUCCAAAAAUAUGCUUUGCAAGGCAUACAUAGUAUGCUGGUAUUUACACGUACAUCAUGCAAGUCAAUACAAAACUGACAUUGCAAUACUAAUAUAGCAAUAACUCAAACAAUAUCGUCGGCUUUGUCACAUCAAUGACCACAGAUGCAAUUAUGUAUUGUGAUGGAUUGGAAAUUGUUCGCAAAACUUGUCGGGUAAGUAGAAGUUAGUUCUACCUACUGAAAAAGGAUUAAAAACAAUACACCCUUUCGAUAAUUACGUCACACAUACUUUUUGCUCUUGCAGCAAGGUGAUUGGCUCACGAUUCAUGAGAGCGAGGCUCCCAGGCCAAUUGACGGUAAUUAUCGAAAGGGUGUAUUGGAUUUGCCCUUUUAAUUACUUAACGGAGAUAUCUUUUCCCGCACAACAUAGUUAUAUAAUCGGAGCUGAUUCUGGUCAAGAGCAAACGCAACGGAAAAAAUAUCUAUUUGUUAAGUCGCGCAUGCAAUUCGCUUCUUUACAUAAGUCAACGGUGCCUUUGCUUGUAACGCUAUAUAUAACGGUCUAACCUAAAUUUCUAAUUAUUAAAAUAAAUAAGUUGUUAUAUAUUAACAUAUUCAAUCUAAACCGUACUACGGCAUGUCUUGCUUAUCCCAAAGUGAAUGAAAUUUUGAAAGCAAGUACAUUUAUUAUAUUAUAUUAUAUAUUGUGCACAUCUGGCCUGCGCGCGGUCGUAAACAUCGACAACCGCGCAGAACGGAAGCUACAUGAAAUUCUUUAUAACUUUCCCAAUUUUCUUUCGACAUACAGGACAAGGUCUAUUGCUAUCUUUAAGUUUUUGAGCACACACAACGCAGCAUACCUGGUGACCAGUUCCUCCGUGUAUAAUACAACCGUUCGGCGGCUCCUUACGACACAACAUGCAUUUUAAACCAUCAAAACCGUCCCUGGACCCCGAAGCAGUGGAGCCACAGGGCUCAUGUACCUCACGUAUAGCAGCAUGACUAGUUGACGCAGAGUCGGACAC